UUUCAUCACUAUCACAUAGAUGUCAGGCAGGAAAAAAAAGUUUUUGUGAAACAGCCAAAUUAUUCGGUAACAAAACAUUCCAGGCAGCAAACAAUUAUGAAUUGGCACACGGGUAAUAUAGCUGAAGCUGUGGCAGAAUCCAAGGCCAAGGAUGCCAUAUUCGUCGUGUAUAUUCAAGGUCAGAAUGAAAUGACCGCGAAUCUGGAUCGAAUUCUGGAUGAUGCGCGUGUCACCGAAAAGCUGCAGACAACAGACUUUGUAGCCGUUAAAAUUCAAGGUGAUAGCGCAAGAUAUGCACAGUUUCUAUCGCUAUAUAAAGUGGUACCUAUUCCAUCGAUCUUCUUUAUUGGCAAAACCGGAACGCCACUGGACAUCGCCACAGGCAUCGUUAGUGGCGUUGAAGAGCUGUUGAUAAAAAUCAAUAAGGUGCUUCUAUUGUCGGGCAAACAUAAGAUCGAUUGUCCCACUAGUAGUUCAACAGUUAGCGAUGAACAGGACGAUCAAGCACGACGAAAAAUCGCUGGCGAUGAUAACGAUCAGAAUGAAAACGUAAUCGCACCAGUGCCAAUAGCGCAAAAAGCUGAAGAGCCUGUGCAGCCGGUUGCAAAAGCGAAGCACUCAGAGGCGGAGGAGGAUCUUAAGAAGUCGGUUGCUGCUGAGCAUGAUUCAGGGGCAACCGUGAGCAGCCAACCCGCUGCAGCUAAGCAAACAACGGAGUCAACAACGAAGCUAACUCAACCAUUAAAAUAUGCUCCAGCUGCAACGAAAUCUGAGCAAGCAAAGAAGUCACAGGAAUCAGGAAAAGCUAAGGAAGUCACAGAGCCAUCUGUUGUUCAGGACUCAGCAAAAGCUAAGGAACUGGCAGAACCAUCUGCUAAUCAGCAAUCGGAGGCAGUACCUGAGCCCAUUGAAACAGCUGCUGAGCCUAUUACAGUGGUUGAACUGGACGCAAGUGCUCCUCCACCUAAGCCAGCUGAGCCAACAGCAGCGGCUUUGUCAGCGGCAGCAGCAGCCGAAAAGCGUGCAGCGGCUGCAGCAGCAGCAGCAGCUGAAGCGGCAGCAGUAGAAGCAGCAAAAGCAGCAGCAGCAAAAGCAGAAGCAGCAGCAGCAGCAGAGGCAGUAACUUCACCGGCUACAGAAACCACAACCACAGUGCCUGGCCCGAGCGUGACUCCAGCGCCCGUUGAGGGAACUACUAAGCGCGGGACUAAAGUACACCAGCAGGUCGAGAAGCGUAAAAAGGAACGUUCGGAGGAGAAGAAGCAACGCGAGAAGGAUAACGAAUCACGACGCCGACGCGAAGCUCAAGAGCAGCAAGCAGCUGCACGAGAGCAGCAAGCAGCUGUUCGAGAACAGCAAGAAUCUGCCCGAGAGCAAGAGCUCAAGUCAAUGCAAGAACGCAUUCGCCGCGAGCGCCAACAGGAGCAGGCGACACGUGAACGUAUUCUGGCUCAAAUUGCCGCCGAUCGUGCAGAGCUGGCCAAUCGAGCAGCCAUGGCUGUGGAGGUGUCGAGUACUACACCGACAACAGCGUCAAUAGCAACUAUAACGCCCGAACAGUCGCACCACGUCGCGGUGGAAGAGACACGCCUACAAAUCCGUCUGCCAGGCGGCAUAAUUCGCAUCAAAGAUUUUCCAAUUAUAGAGCCAUUAACCACAGUGCGUAGCUAUGUACGCGAGGAGCUGCUCGCCAGCACCUCCAUACGUGAAUUCACGCUGGCCACCAGCUAUCCGAGACGAGAAUUCAAAAUUGAGGAUGAAUUGCUAUCGUUGAACGAUUUGAAUUUGGUGCCCAACGCAGUUCUAUUGGUGCUAGGCAGUAACCAGGUCAACUGUGUGGUGCGCAGCAGAAAUAAUGUGAUGAACAUACUGACCAGCGUCAUCUGGGCUAUCCUAACGCCAGCCGCUGUCGCCUUUGAUUACAUUAAUAAGCACGGCUUUCAACGUUUGCGAGCGCGUUUCGCUCAGAUAUUUGCAAAUAUGAGCUGGCGCAGACCAAUCCAAGCUCCAGAAACUCCCCAGGGCGGAGACAUCAGCAACCGUCGCAACUUGGAUAUGUUUAUGCUACGUACAACAAGUGGACCUGGAUUGCAGCGUGCCCAUCCCCAAAAUGCUGUUGGAUCACCGGAGCAUCAAAUAAAGCCAACUGAAUUGUCAAAUGAUGGUGCGGGUGCAUCACAACCACUGGACUUGGUACAGCAGCGUUCUGGCAUCUUUAAGCCGACACGUUUUGGCCAAACGAAUAUACGUCGUUUGGCGGACACGGCCAAGGAUGACGAUGAGGAAAAGGCCACCUACAAUGGCAAUUCAACACAACAGCAAUAAGCAGAAGCAAUACCAACUCAUAUAAAUAUAACUAGUUAAAACCGUUCCCUUUAACCACAUUCAGAGCUUCAAAAUAUGCAGCCUUUAAAUUAUAAUUAACUAAAUAUAAAAGUAAUGCAAAUUUACAAUAUCCGAUUCAAAAUCA